UUCAUUAAGGUUGAGCUUACCAAACAUAAAAGUCGCUCAUGCUGUGGAAGUAACACCAGAACAAGAAGGAGGAGAUCAACUCCAAGAACUAGAACAAGAGGCAGUACAAGAACAGGAAAAAGAGCAAUAAAGAAACAGAAUGAAAGAAGUAUGUAAAAGACGAACAUGAAGAGAAUGGAAGAGAUUCGAUAACUAGAACACAAACUUCAGGAACUAGAAGAAUAAGCAGAACAGCAACAAGGAGAAGAAUUGCAAGUAUUACAAUAACUAGAACCAAAAAAAGUUCAAAGAAAACCAGCAGAAGACUAAUUUGAAGUAGUCAGAAUGGUUGGAUAAGGUGAGAAGAUCAUGUCACGGGAACUAUGCAGAGACUAAGGUGUCCGGGUUCACGUCGGCAGUCGACCGUGGCGGGAUGCGACUGGGCCGCCUGCGGAUGGCGCUCGCUGCUGCUGCCUCAGCAGAACCGACAGUCGCUCUACAUGUAUGGGAGCGAGGUCGCCGUGGAGAAGGAGUGCAUACGGCAGCUGGAGAGCAAAGUCUUUGUUAUCCAUCCCUUUAGCCUCUUGAGGAGUUACUACAUCAUGGGGAUGAUGGCCAUCACUUUCCUCAACCUGAUCGGCAUCCCCAUGGAGAUCGCUUUUCUGGACGGCACCAGCGGUCUGGCCUGGGAAGGCUUUAAUGUCUUCUCAGACACACUUUUUCUCAUAGACGUAGCACUCAACUUCCGAAUGGGCAUCAUCAGUGAGAACGGGGAGGAAGCAAUUUUAGACAUAAAGCGGAUCCGAGUAAGCUACCUGAGGACAUGGUUCAUUCCUGACAUCAUCGCUGCCUUCCCUAUAGGAUACAUCCUGCUCUUUGCUGACUUGCACUACCACAAUGAAGACAACCCUUCUAAGACUACCAAGAUGAUGAGGAUCCUCAUGUUUGUUCGAAUCCUCAGCCUCAUACGACUGGCACGGGUGUCCAGGCUAGUACGCUUCUUCAAUGAAGUGGAAAAAGUAUCAAACGCAAAUUUGGAGGUGGUGCGACUGUUUUUUCGAAUUCUAUCGCUAUUCAUGAUGAUCUUCUUGCUGUGCCAUUGGAAUGGUUGCAUUCAGUACUUUGUACCCAUGUUGGAAGAGUUUCCUACAGACUGCUGGGUCCGUAAGGAGAACCUGAUGAACGCCACAGUCAUCGUGAAAUAUUCUUGGGGGGUCUUCAGAGCUCUCUCACAGAUGAUUGCGCUCUCUUAUGGAUCCAUGGAUGCUCCGACCAAUUAUGUAGAACUGUGGAUCGUGAUGGUGAGCAUGGUGUCCGGGUGCCUGAUGUACACGGUGCUGGUAGCCAACGCCACUGCUAUGAUUGCCAACAUCGACCCCGCCGCCAAAGAGUAUAAGAGCAAGAUGAGCCGCUUGGAGCACUACAUGGCUUUCAUGAAACUUCCACCAGAGUUGCAGAUGCGGAUCAGCAACUACUACCAGGCCCGCUAUGGAGGUAAAUGGUUCGACGAGAAAGAGGUCAUGCACACCGUAUCGUCCGCCUUGAAGGAGCAAAUCCUGACGGUGAUGUGCAGUCGUCUGCUCAGGAACAUGCCACUGUUCCGGAACAAGGAUGAGAAUGUGAUCGUUAGCAUAGUACAAAAGCUGGACUAUGAAGUGUACCAGGAGGGCGACGUCAUCGUGCGGGAGAACGCACCCGGGGACCGUAUGUUUUUUAUAGAGCACGGACAGGUUUUGGAGGAGAACAAUGACUUCAGCAGGGAACUCUGUGACGGUGACUUCUUUGGAGAGGCAUGCGUGCUGACCAGAGGCAAACAUCUGGCCACGGUGAAGGCUCUGACAGACUGCCAGUGUUUCAGUCUGUCCUGGGACGACUUUCAGGAGGUGCUGCAGGCCUAUCCGGACGUACGCAAGGAUUUGGACAAGAUAGUGGAAAUGGAUGUGGGAUUUGCGUGAGGAAACAAGCAACAUCAAAUAACAUUUUACAGCAGGGGUGAGCAAAUUUAAGUGCUCAGGGGACACAUUUUAGAUUUUGAAAACGGACUGAUUCAUAGAUGAUUAAAAAAAGACUAUGUCAGAUAUAGUGUAUAUUGUAUAUAUCAUAGAUAUAUAUAUCAAUUUGAAGAUAUAGUUGUAUUGUAGUUUUCCUACACUUAUAGAUUAGUCAAAAUUUUCUUUUAUCCCAGACUCACAAACAUAAAAGUACAGAAAGCUCAUGCUCAUAUCACAUGAUGUCAUAUCACUCUUCACUAAAACACCCACACAGGCCACCAUACAUAUAGUGCACGACAGGUUAAUUGCAGACAGAACACUCAAAAAACACACAAAUCUAACAGUACAGGACAUCACUCAGCUACUUCAUUUCAUCACCGCUUCCACAUACUUCCAAUUCAGAAACACCAUCUACAGACAAAAAGAAGGAUUCGCCAUGGGAGACCCACUGUCUGCCAUCACGUGCGGUUUCUUCACAGAGGAUUUGGAACAGAAAGCACAACAAAAUCAACCCAGAAAACAAAUGUAACUCCAUAUAUGAAAUUCCAUACAAAUCAUGCAAUAAAUCAUAUAUCAGAGUGACAGGGAGGAGCUUUAUUACAAGAAAAACAGAACACAAGAAUAAAUGUGAAAAAGAGACAACAAUGAGACAAACAAGGGCAAUAAAAGAACAAGCACAACAAGAACAUUACAAAUCAACCAUCACUGAUCACUGCAAAAGUGAAAACCACAUCAUGGACUGGGAAAAGGCCGGAGUCAUCCACACCGAAGAAAACAAACAUCAGCGCUGGAUCAUGGAGGGCCACUGAGAUCCGCAAGCGGGGCCCGAGGACCAUCAACAGGGACGAGGGGGUGUACAUGCUCUCUACGACCUAGACCAAGAGUGAAUGGUCAGCAAAGGGCGGGACUUGCCUGUCAAUCUGACAAGUGAAUCACGCCUUCAUCCAUCAGCUGAUAAAGACGCGUCACAUCAACACCAGUGACCAACUGACAAAGGCGGAAGUGUUUGCCUAAACGUGUCAGAUAAUUAAAUCACCUACUAUUGUCUGGGAUAAAAGAAAAUUUUGACUAAUUUGAAGUUAUGUAUCGGGAAAAUCUACUACAAGAGCCCUAUAGACCAAAGCAUAUUCAUUCCAUUAUUUUUUUUCUGCAUUUUUUAAGGGGUGCUGGAAAAUGCUUAUUGGAGGUACAGUAUAAUCAAGAAUUAUUUGGCUUUGAAAAAAAGUUUUUCCUAUGCAAUUGCAAUGCAAUGUGUUAAUUAUUUGUGGGUUUUCGCUAUUCCCACGAAUAGCCGGAAGUCCAGUGUAAAUACAUAUAUUUUUAGCAUACAGUGUAUCACAAAAGUGAGUACACCCCUCACAUUUUUUCAGAUAUUAUUAUAUUUAAGUAUAUCUUUUCAUGGAACA